AUGCAGGUUGAGAUUGAGGAAGUUAACAGCUGCGAGGCACUGCCUUUGCUGUCACUCAAUCAUGUGUCUUUGCUAUGCAGAUCAGUGUGGGACUCUAUGAGGUUCUAUGAAGAAGUGUUGGGCUUUGUUCUCAUCAAACGCCCUUCAUCCUUCAAUUUCAAUGGAGCUUGGUUGUACAACUACGGAAUUGGGAUACACCUGAUUGAAAGUCCAGCUAUGGAGGACUUCGAACUCCGACCAAUUAAUCCCAAGGACAAUCACAUCUCCUUCCAAUGCACUGAUGUUGGACUUGUCAAGAGGAAGCUGCAUGAGAUGGGGAUGAGGUAUGUUACCGCUGUGGUAGAGGACAAUGGGGUCAAGGUCGAUCAGGUGUUCUUCCAUGACCCAGAUGGGUACAUGAUCGAGCUCUGCAACUGUGAGAACAUCCCCAUUAUCCCUGUCUCUGCUUGCACCUUCAAGCCCAGAAGUAGCAGCUUCACUAAGGCACCAACUUCAUGUGGUUUCAUGGAGACGCUGAUGAUGGAAAGCUUGAGCCUGGACAUGAUGAACUUCUCAUUCUAA